CCCCACCCCUCACUUGAAAAACAAAAUUCCCCAAACACACCACUAUACUCUGCUUCUCUCUUCUCUCACUCCAUCUCCGGCUCCCUCUUCAUGGAGAAUAUCGGCGAAGAGUAUAGGCAUUACUGGGAAACCAACAGGUUCCUUCAAACCGAGGAGCUCGACAGUUGGGGAUGGGAUGAGGCCUUCUCCGGUUACUAUGAUUCCAGCUCCCCCGACGGCGGUGCCUCCUCCGCCGCAUCCAAGAACAUUGUGUCCGAGCGGAACCGCCGCAAGAAGCUCAACGAGAGGCUCUUCGCUCUCAGAGCCGUCGUCCCAAACAUCAGCAAGAUGGACAAGGCUUCCAUAAUUAAGGACGCAAUCGAUUACAUCCAGCGCUUGCACGAACAAGAGAGGAGUAUUGAGUCGGAGAUAUCAGAGCUUGAAUCUGGGAAGCAGAUGAAGCAGAACUCGAGCGAUAUCGAUUACGAGCAAGACCUCCCUGUCCUGCUCAGGUCCAAGAAGAAGAAAACAGAGCAGCAGCUUUACGAUUCUGUUAUCAGUUCAAGGAAUUGCCCGAUCGAAGUACUUGAGCUAAAGGUAACGUACAUGGGAGAGAAGACGAUUGUGGUGAGUUUGACGUGUAGCAAGAGGACAAACACAAUGGUGAAACUGUGCGAAGUGUUCGAAUCGCUGAAGCUGAAGAUUGUUACGGCCAACAUAACUUGUUUCUCGGGCAGGCUUGUGAAGACAGUCUUUGUCGAGGCAGACGAAGAAGAGAAAGAUCUCUUGGAGAUAAAAAUCCAAACGGCCAUUGCAGCUCUUAAUGAUCCCGAUAGCCCUAUGAGCAUCUAAUCGAUCGAUGAUGAACUUCAGAGAGAACAAGUUGGGGUUUUCUUUCUUUCUUUCUUCGUCGUUUCACUCUACGUUUUCAUCGUGGGAGAGUCGCUGAUCUUGUUUUCUUAGAAAGCUUGGGUUUGUCUUCUGCUUUAUGUACUAAAACCUAGAAGUUGUAAGUUUGAUGUUUGAUGCAAUAAAGUUGCAUUUCAUGUUA